CCUUCCAGCGCAGCAGCUUAACAAGUACGGCGGCGAUCGAGCACUGGGAGUAGUAAGUGGAUCACUUGGAGCAGCAGCGAGCAAUGGCAAUGGCAGCAGUGGCGUCGCCGACCAUGGAGGUCGAUCAGGACCUCCCCGGCUUCCGCUUCCACCCCACGGAGGAGGAGCUCCUCGGCUUCUACCUCUCCCGCGUCGCCCUCGGCAAGAAGCUCCACUUCGACAUCAUCGGCACCCUCAACAUCUACCGCCACGAUCCCUGGGAUCUUCCUGGGAUGGCAAAGAUCGGGGAGAGGGAGUGGUACUUCUUCGUGCCGCGUGACCGGAAGGCGGGGAGCGGCGGGCGGCCGAACCGGACGACGGAGCGGGGGUUCUGGAAGGCGACGGGGUCAGACAGGGCCAUCCGGAGCACCGUCGACUCCAAGCGGGUCAUCGGCCUCAAGAAGACGCUCGUCUUUUACCUGGGCCGCGCACCGCGGGGCACCAAGACGGACUGGGUCAUGAACGAGUACCGCCUCCCCGACACCGGCGCGCCGCCGCCCCAGGAGGACACGGUGCUGUGCAAGGUGUACCGGAAGGCCACGCCGCUCAAGGAGCUCGAGCAGAGAGCCUUUGAGAUGGAGGAGAUGAAGCAAAGGUCCGGCAGCAACGGUGGGUACGACUACAGUGGCGCGGCCAGAGCGUGCCCUGUCCCGGCAGCCGGCGACUUCUACCUAUCGCCGUCCGACGACGUCCAGGACAACUUCCUGAUCCCCUCCUCGUCGUCGUCGUCGUCGGUGGCGCUGUCUGGCAAAAGCAGCAGCCACGACGCGCCCAGGGUAGCGAAGAAGGAAGCAGACGUCGCCACGGUCACCGUCGCGUCGACGUCGUCUCUGUCCCAAACGGUGAACGUGCCCUUCCAUCUGCAGCUCCCGGCCGUGAACCCACCCUGCGGCCUCCAGCUCCAGGAGGCGAACCACGGGAUGUCGAAUAUGUCAAGCCUGGAGCUACCGGCGGCGAACCAUGGGCUGUCAAACAUGUCCAACCUGCGGGUACCGGCGGCGAACCAGGGUGUGCUGGACCUACCCAGCCUGCAGCUCCCGGCGGCGAGCAGCCGCGGAGUGUUCGACUGGCUAAAUGACCCGUUCCUGACGCAGCUGCGCAGCCCGUGGCAGGACCAGCAUUGCAUGUCCCCUUACGCCCAUCUGCUCUACUAAUCAGAUGCAAGACGUGCAAAGAGCAAGUAUGCAAAACUUGAAGCAGAGUAGAUGGUUAGCUGUAAAUUCAGUUGUGCAUACGAACCUAGACGUCAGUCUCUUUGAUUAACACAUGACAGUUUGU